AGUGCUGAUACAGGCCAAAGCUUCAUCAGGAUGGCUGACUCUCAAUUCCUAGACAAGAUAGCCCAGCUGUCUGAUGAGGACCUGAAAGCUGCUCUUGAAAAGCAUGGUGAAAAUGUAGGUCCAAUCACAUCAUCUACAAGAUACCUUUUUGAACGUCUCUUGCGGAAAAAGGAGGGCAAACCAGAUAUUGGUGAUGCAGUGCCUAACAGUGUAGAAGGCAAAGAGGAUGGCAGCACUGAAGGCUCCAAUGUCAGUAACAAUAAGGAGAAUGGAGGAUUAGCCUUGCAACCCCAGAAGCCAGAAGUGCAUGUUUAUUUUGGUGUUUUUCCACCAGACAAUGUGGAUGUUUCUGGUGAUCCAGACUUCCAGUUGGUUUAUACUGACAAGAUGUCCUGCUUAGCCAUGAUGAAAAAGUACCGUGGUUCGCGCUUCAAGGCUUUCAGGUCAUAUGAAGAAGCACUCCAGUUUGCGGAAAAUGGACCGGAUGUUGCCAUAACGCAGGACACAAAUGGUCUGGAUGGCAAUGUAAAUGCUGAGAGACCAAGUCCUUUUCGAGGCCCCAAGUCACAAGACCUUGUCAAGUUUCGUAAAUCCAUUGAAAAGGAUGAUAUGAGUUAUUUCACGAAGUGCAUAAACGAAAAUCCCAGAUAUCUUGUUAGCAGCGGGGACACACCAGCCAUUUUACAAGAAGGCUCACGAUACAAUGCUCUCCAUGUUGCUUGCCGUAACAACAGGGCCCAAUAUGCUGCGGAGGUGCUAUCAACAGUUUCGAAGGUUGACUUCUUCCAAAAGCUUUAUCCCGAUGACACUCUUGAGAGCUCGGAGAGAAGAAGCACCUUCCUCUUGGACCUUUAUUUGAACACCCCAGACAAAGGGCUAAAUGAAACCCCGCUGCACUUUGCCAGCAAGCAUGGCUCUCUGGAAUGUGUGAGGAUUCUGACAUCUUAUCCUGCUUGUAACAAGGGGAGGAGGAAUAAGUUUGGACAAACACCUUCUGAUAUCAUUUGUUCACGUGUAAACAACUCGACAUCGAAGGUCAGAGAGGACAUCCAGUGUCUCCUUGGUGAGCAGUUUUACAUCCCACUCUUCAGGGAUGAUGACCACUGUCUCCUCCCUGAGAUAGGUCGUCCGUGGUCCCCAAUCGUGGACUCGCCUACAAGUCCCCUGACACAGGACCAGCUUGUGGUGUCAUCAUGUAGUUCUGCUAGCCCUAUGAGCCCUAUAAGUCCGUCAUUAAGGGUUCGAGGUUAUGCUGGCCCCAUGAGUCCCUCCCAAGCCGAGACUUUGUAUCGCUGCUGGAAAGAAAAUGCUGUAUCAUCGCCAACAAGACAUUCAAAGGGACGAGUGGCGUCUCUGAGGCUCACUGACCAGGAUAAAGGGCUGGAGAGGAUAGGCAGGGAGUUGGCAGCGGACCAGGGCAUCUCAUGGAACGAGUACUGGGAAUUCCUAGGUGACUUUGCCAAUUUCCGAACUGAGCAGGGUUUGCAGAAGCUUGAAGUUUUCCUUAAGGACAAAUAUAAGAAGCUCAUGCAAGAGCGUGGGAAAAUUGCCGCAGAAGAACUAGCAAUGAAACUAAAUGAAGAAGUGAGAUGGGAGGAGGUGCAGUCACCUGCUGAAGGUGAAGGUGAUGCUAGCUUACCAAAGCUCAAUGACUCGCAUGUUAGCAACUCCAGUCGGAGCACAAUGAGUGAACUUUGCCAAGAACUGGAGGCACUUCGUCUGAAUGUCUCACUUUCACCUCAGUAUGAUGGUCCAGGGUUUAAGAGUGCAAGCAGCAAAUUUUUGGAGAAUUGGAAGGAGAAAGAAGAGAGGCAAGAGAGAGGACAGUUAGAAGGAACAUCACAGGCAGAAGAAGACCCUGCCUCAGAACAACUCUCAUAUAUCAUGAAAUCCAUCCGUGUUGCUGCCCGUCGCUUGGCGGAGGUCUUGGGGGAUUUAGCGCAAGACCUUCAAUCAAGUACAGUAGCCAAUUUCUCAGUCACAAAAACAAUAAGGACCAAAUUGAAACCAGAGAUCUUGUGUUUGAAGAAUGUUGUGAGCAAAUGCUGUACCAAAGAGUUAAAGACUGAGCUAGAGUUUGGCUUCAUUCAUGUUCUUCUGGCCUUUAAAGCCACAGAAACCAUUCAAGAUAAUUUGACAUCCUCUGAUAUAUGCACUUUAGCUGAGACACUGAAGGUGUUUGUGUCACACCUGAAUUUCAUACAAGUCCACUCAUCUGAUGAAGAAGAUGCUGCAAAGCCAGAUAUCACCUUAGAAGAAAAGAAAGUUGCAACUGAGCAUUUCAGCUGUGUUGUUAAGUGUCUGGAGAAGGCAUUGAACAUUGCCUAUAAUAAUUGCAAUUCAGACAUGCAAGACUGUGUCAGUGAGAAUGGGUUAAGGUUGCACCUUAUGCAGAUGGGUGACUGCAGGUGUAGAUGGGACUUCCAAAGUGAAGAACAUACACACAUCCCUGAGGCAGCAUCCACUCCAGCAACCACGACCAAGUAUGGGAAAGCAUUCAAUUUCCUUCAUCAGACACUAUUCAGCAAUAACAGGAAAAAUUCUGAGGAGGCUCAAAGUCAAGCAAAAGAUGAAGCUAAAGAGGCUGUUGUAAAAAAGUUAACCUUUGAUGAAGAUGGAGAAGAAGUAAUUGAGGCAAGUCUAAGAAUCAGACAGAAUGGAGACAUAUCUGAAACGUUGAUCAACCACACUGCAAAUGGGGCUAAGGAAGGAGAGAACACACAGGCAGCAGUUGAUGAGAAAGGAGGUUAUGCUGGUGAUAAUGACAGUUUUGAAACUGCUCCUUCUUCAGUGCAUGAAGACAUGGUCACUCCUGAAGAAGGAAUCAGAGUCUAUAUGCAUGGGUUGUUUCUUGACCCUCUGUCUCUAGUUGCAGCAUCAUAUAUCUUAUGCCUCAUCUUUAUUCUCAUCUAUCCUCUAGCAAACCGAUUUUAAUCUGUAUAAUGAAUU